AUGAGUGAAGAAGAGACUCUGGCUUUAGUUGUUGACAAUGGUUCAGGUAUGGUCAAGGCAGGAUUUGCUGGUGAUGAUGCUCCUCGCUGUGUUUUCCCAUCAAUUGUAGGGAGACCAAGGAUGCCAGGUGUUAUGGUAGGUAUGGAUCAGAAAAAUUGUUAUGUUGGUGAUGAAGCACAAUCCAAGAGAGGUAUUUUAACUUUAAAAUAUCCAAUUGAACAUGGUAUUGUUACAAAUUGGGAAGAUAUGGAAAAAAUAUGGCACCAUACAUUUUACAAUGAAUUACGUGUAGCCCCUGAAGAACAUCCAGUUUUAUUAACAGAAGCUCCAAUGAAUCCAAAAGCAAAUCGUGAGAGAAUGACUCAAAUUAUGUUUGAAACUUUCAAUGUACCCGCAAUGUAUGUAAAUAUACAAGCUGUUCUGUCCUUGUAUGCAUCUGGACGUACUACUGGAAUUGUACUUGAUAGUGGUGAUGGUGUAUCACAUACAGUUCCUAUUUAUGAGGGUUAUGCCCUUCCUCAUGCUAUCAUGAGAUUAGAUCUAGCUGGUCGUGAUUUAACUGAUUAUCUAAUGAAGAUUCUACAUGAUCGUGGUUAUAGCUUUACUACAACUGCUGAAAGAGAAAUUGUUAGAGAUAUUAAGGAAAAGUUAUGUUACAUUGCUUUAGAUUAUGAAGAUGAAUUAAAAAAGGCUCAGGAAUCUUCUGAAAUUGAGAAAACAUAUGAAUUGCCAGAUGGUAAUGUUAUUACUGUGGGUAGCGAGAGAUUUAGAUGUCCAGAAGCACUUUUCCAACCAAAUCUAUUAGGUAAGGAGGCUUCUGGUGUUGGUGAAACUACUUUCCAAUCUAUUAUGAAGUGUGAUCUUGAUAUCCGUAAGGAUUUGUAUGCAAAUGUUGUCCUUUCUGGUGGUACUACAAUGUAUCCUGGACUUGGUGAGAGAAUGACUAAAGAACUUACUUGCUUAGCUCCUUCUACUAUGAAGAUUAAAGUUGUUGCCCCUCCUGAGAGAAAGUAUUCAGUAUGGAUUGGAGGAUCCAUAUUGUCAUCUUUAUCUACAUUCCAACAGAUGUGGAUCACAAAGGAGGAAUAUGAUGAAUCAGGUCCAUCAAUUGUACAUAGAAAGUGUUUCUAA